GUUUCUAUUUCCCCGGCAGCCGGUCGCCGUGCCCCGCCCGGUCCCCGUCUCCGUCCCCGUCGCCUCCCGGUCGCUGCCGCGGUGCCCAUGUCGCGGGCGGGGGGCGAUGGCACCGCGGCGCUGGAGCGGGCCGGGGCGGAGACGGUGAAGCGGGCGGUGGAGCUGGACCUGGCAUCUCGUUUCCAGGAGUCGCUGGUGUGCUACCAGGAGGGCAUCGACCUGCUGCUGCAGGUGGUCAAAGGCACAAAGGAUGAGGCAAAAAAGCAGCGUUACCGGCAGAAAAUAUCCGAGUACAUGACCAGGGCUGAAGACAUUAAAAAGCACAUUGAGAAAGAGAAACAAGAUGGCAAAUACCAUAAGCAAAUCAGGAUAGAGGAAAAUGCGACAGGUUACAGCUAUGAAAAGCUUUUCCAAGAGUAUCUGACUGAGAUUGUUUCUGAAGUUUGGGUGGAGGACCCGUACAUUAGGCACGUUCAUCAGCUGUAUAACUUCCUACGGUUCUGUGAGAUGCUGGUUAAGGGGCCAUGCAAAGUGAAAACUAUUCACCUCCUCACUUCCUAUGAUGAAGGCAGUGGGAGGAAUCAACAGACAAGUGGCUUGGAAGAAAUAAAACAAUCAUUGAGGAAUUAUGGAGUAACGCUGAAUGUUGCAUUUUCAUCUUCAAUACAUGAUCGAGAAAUUAGAUUCAACAAUGGAUGGAUGAUUAAGAUCGGAAGGGGUCUUGAUUAUUUUAAGAAACCAGAGGGUCGUUUCAGCAUUGGAUACUGUGACUUUGACUUGCGACCUUGUCAUGAAACUACAGUGGACGUCUUUCAUACAAAACAUACAAAGAAAAUGUGAUCACUGCUUCUAGUGAGUGUUUUUAUAAGCAUAAAAAUGUAAUCAUGACUGGAAGAUACCGCUUGGGUCCAGCUGUCCACUACCAGAAGCAAAUCCAUAAUAGGUAUUUUGUCCAGCACUCCUUUUACAAUCUAUAGGUUUAAGAAUAUUUGUGCCUUUCCACUCUGAGAAAACAAAAUGAUGCAGUUCACCCACUGUGCUUAUUUAUGCUAUAAUCCUAAGGAAUACAAUCAAUGUCUAAAUUUGAGCUUAUGGAGAAGGGGUUUUAUACUAUACCUCAGUACGGUCUCUCAAAGGCCUCUUUACUGUCAUUUCCAUUUUUACUAUUAAUUUUCUUUGUCUUGAGCAAAUUUCUGGGUUUGUGUCUUUAAUUGACCACCUCACAAACUUCCGUGGCUGAGGCACCGCUUCAACCCAUAUGUUCUCUUUGAUAAACAGCCCAUGUAUUUCAUCUGAUUCUUGUAUUCUAGUCAAGACGACUGUUCUGCUGUGUUUUAAUCAAUCCCUUAAUAAUUGACUUCACGGACUACAAGUAACCCCAAACGUAGCAUUCCGUUCUCUAAGCUCCUUGCGUGCAAACAUUGUAGUGUUCAGUAUGUAGACAUUUUAGAGUCUUCUUGUACAUUUCUCUGAAUAAUGGAUUUGGGGCUGGAAAGGAUGCAAGCAACGUUCUAGCUGUAUUCUUUUCACUAUUAUUCAUAUAUGUUCUUUUAUUCCCUGGUGCAUUUCCAUCCUUUGCAUUAGGCAUGGAAAAGCAUAUGAUCCUCUCCCAGUCUUCCUCUCAUUUUAAUGUCUGUCCUCUUAUUGCAAUCUGAACUGCAAUGACCUAUUGCCCUGCUACUUAGUCCCCUAAAAAAAGUAAUAACUAAUUUUUAAAUUAUCCUAGAAGUUGGAUACCCAAAACUUUGCUGUUAAUAUUGAUCCUAAGGAAUAUGCUAAUUGAAAAAAAAAUGACGAAAAACUUUUCUGUCUUCCCUUCAUCCUCUGGAAACCGGAAAUUAUCACCUGAGCUGCUGCUGCUUUUUCUCCUAAAACAAGAUUUUUUAACGAUUGCCAGAAAAAUUGCCUAUUCUGACAUGCAGAACAGGCAGUGGCCUCUUUUGCAGGUCCCAUAAAGAAUUUUCAACCUCAGGACUGACAGGUGCCUUACACUUUCUAUGCCUUGUAAUACAAUAUGUUUCUCUAUUCUAGUUUUAAGCCCCUGGGCUGUGGUCUUGUACCAGGACCACAAGAGGCAGCUCUGGUCUUCCUUCUCUUGCACAUUGCUAGAACAUUUUCUUUCCUAUGUUUCUUUUUCCUGAUGGCUCAUGUAUUCCACUAUCCUUUUUUUUUUUCUUUUUUUUUUUUUUUGCUUUAUUCCUCUUUCACCUUCUGUCAUUGAUUGCUGUUAUUCUUUUAGUCUUACCUGUGAUGAGAUGUAUCUAUUCCACAGCUGUCAACAGCUGCUCUUUGCCUUGUUUUCUGGGUGACAAGUUGCUUUCUUCAUCUUUUUGCAUAAUAAUGUCUCAGCUUUUCAGUGUUAAAUCAGAAAAAGAGUAACGUGCCACAGAAGCUAUACGCUAUCUCCCUAAACAUUCUGUAGAAGCUCUCCGUUGUGCUGCUGUGAAAAUGUGUCUAGUCACUGUCAUCAAUUUUACUCAGUUGUGUGUAAUAUGUGCCGAUUUUUAAUGUGAAUAAAGGUUAUUUUUUAUGAUUUGUAAUUUUAGUCAUCUGUCUAAAUUCUUUUCUGUACUACAUAGGGCAACUCCAAGAAGCCAGGUAAUGCCUCAGAGAUCAGCCAUUUAUGGAAGAAAGUUCACUGUGAAUACAUUAAGCAACCUGAAUGUGAAGUUUUGUCUGUUUUGACCUAGUCCAGUAAUUUCAAGCAUACAGGGGCUAAAUGAAAAGCCACUAUCGAUAUUUGAGAUCAACUUUAAAUUUUAGUACUUAAUUGGAAAUUUAGAUCUUUUCAACUCAGGACUUUUGCUUUCUGCAUCUUGAAAUACAACGUCCUUCUCUGUUCCACUAGCAAGCCCCAAUGAUUUGGUCUGGUACCGAUACCACAAGAGGCAACCCUGGUUUUCCCUCUCUUCAUUGUUAGAUUUUUUUCUGUUUUCUAAUUGUGAAAUCAGAAGCUAAGGCUAUUGAUUUCCUUCCACUUCUUGUGGAUAUGAAGUAUCUACAUACGUACAACUAAGCCUUCAGUGACACACUAGUUGGCACUGUGCUGCAAUUUUUACUUGCAAGUUCUUUAUCCCUGUGUAGUUCCUUUCAUUGUCAGUAAGAACAAUGCAGGAAGAGGAAUGGGCAUCAGAAAAUGGAAAAUAAAAAUCAGUUGCCCUCUUCAGCAUUUAUGUUAUCAGAGCAAUUUAAGAGCACAAGUUUUGCAAUCGUUUUACUGAUUUCAGGCCAUGUUCUUCUGUGAUACCACGUGUAUAGUCAGGUCAUCACCUGGAUUGAGGAGUCAGGGCUGUGCCUCCCGGUACCAGCUUAAAGAGGGUGAAGGUAAUGGUAAUUGUGGUAAAAUAAAAAGGAGAAAAGCAAUUGUAUUUCUGGUAAAAUCUAGGGGUAUCCCCCAAAAGGGACUCCAGUAUAUUUUUGGACUAGAUGAUCUUGGAAGUCUUUUCCAACCUUAAUGAUUCUAUGAUUUCUCUCCUAAAUCAUGGAUAUUCAGG